AUGAAAGAAGCGGCAUAUGCUGAUGAAUGGAAAAUUCUGACUGAGUUCAAAAAUACAAAGAAUGAGUGGUAUGUAAAGGAAUCUGGAAGAAGACGUAGGAAAGCCACUCCAAUUUUUAAAGAAAGUGAAGGAUCGUCAUCAAAAUCGAGAAAGAAGCAAAAGAAAGCAGCAUCAAUGUCUUUGGUUGAUGAACCAGAAGAAGAUAAUCCGGUGGUAACUGCAGAGAAAGAACAAGUGACAGCUACAACUGAUGAUCCAUUUAAUGUUGAUGUGUUAUUUGAUGCAGAUGUUUUGGAAACAGGGCCAGAAGUUGUUGCUAACGUUGAACAAGUUGUAAAUGUUGAUGCCCAGAAAGAGAAAGAAAAAGUUGCUGAUGAUAUUGAGGGUGACGAUGUAGAUAAAAGCACAACAAGUUCAUCAAGUUCUUCAGAUGAUGGUAUUGAUGAAAUUGAAAGUCGGAAAAGAAUCCAAGCAGAGAUAGUAAAAGAGAAGUUGUUAAGAAAAAGAAAGAGACAGGAGAAAGAUGAUGAUGAUGUCUAUGUGCCCUCUCCAGAGCAUGUUUCAGGAUCACAAUCUUCUCCAAAAGCAAGAAAGAAAGCUGGAGGUCGCAAGAAAGUAGUUUCUCCAAAAAUACGCAAAGUCAAUCCAAAGAAAUCUCCAAAGAUCGUGCUAAAGAAGAAACCAUCAAAAGAAAGUAAAAAGCCUCCUACACCACCACAUGAACCAACAACACCACAAUCACCUGUUCAUCAAUCACCACCCAGACAACAUACUCCUCCACAACAAUCCUCACCACCUAGACUUCCAACACCUCCAAGACAACCAUCACCGAUUCAUCAAUCACCACCACCACAACAAACUGUAUUUACUUCACAAGAUCUAUUUGGUACACCUCCACUCACUCAAAUGUAA